CGUGGGGGAGUUUUAACACACACCAACAUGGCUGCGUGCAGUGUGGAGCAGUUGUUGGCUAAAGCCGAGCAAGAAGAGGCGGAAAAGCUGAAAAGCAUCUCCGUCCACAAAGAGCUGGACCUGGACUUUGACGUCGGGAAUUUGCUCGCAUGUGACAAAAAUCGCGUCGAGUCCAGAGACUUCAGGGAGCAGAAGAAGGAGGACUUUCUUCGCUCGUUAGCUCGCGACAACACGCAGCUCCUCAUCAACGAAAUAUGGAAGCUACCCACGGAGAGAGUGGAGGAGGCGAUAGUGGCCAAACUACCGGAGCCUUCGACCCCUCUGCCCAGAGAGAAGCCGCCUCCGAAGCCCAGACCUCCCACCAAAUGGGAGCAGUUCGCCAAGCUGAAGGGCAUCCAGAAGAAGAAGAAGACUAACCUGGUGUGGGACGAGAACGCCAAGGAGUGGAGGAGGCGAUGGGGCUACAAGAGGGCCAACGACGACACCAAAGAGUGGCUGAUCGAGGUGCCGGAGACCGCAGACCCCAACGAGGACCAGUUCGCCAAACGCGUAAAAGCCAAGAAGGAGAGGGUGGCCAAGAACGAGCUCAACAGGCUGAGGAACAUCGCCAGAGCACAGAAAGUCAAAGUCCCCGGUGUGGGUCUGACCUCCAAAGCCCAGCAGUCCAAAGACGAGCUGUCCAGAGCGGUGAGUGUCGCCAAAACCUCCACGGCUUCCAUGGGCAGGUUCCAGGACCGCCUGCCCAAAGAGAAGGCGCCCAAGAACCAGGGCAAGAAGAGGAAGUUCGAGCCCCUCAUUGGAGACUUCUCCAGCGAGAAGCAGAGGCAGCUGGAGCUCCUGAAGGUCAUGGACAGCAAGAAGCCCAAACUGGACAUCACCAAGGCUGUGAACAAACAGAUGAGAGAGGACGACAGAGAGGAAGCGGCAGCCAAAUACAAGAAAGGAGCAGGAAAGAAGGGACGGAAAGGAAACAUGUCAGGGAAGGGGAAAGGGAAGGGAGGGAAAGGAAAGGGAGGAAAAGCUGGAGGAGGAGGGAAGAAGAAAGGCAAACCUGGGAAGCACUGAGGACUGUGGUGAAAGUGUUGGAGUGGAGUAAUAUGGACCUGAGCACCUGUUAGUGACCGGUGUGAUGCUGUGACAGUCCAGGAUGUCUGUGGCUCUUCUUCUCUGUGUAAAUUAAUUAGCUGUGGGUGAUUAAAAUGAUAAAAAUGUCAAAUAUUCAUGUAAAUCACUUUACAGAUAUACUUUGAUAUUGCAGUACAAGCUGAAAUUGAGUGAUUGUUUUCCCUCUUCUCUUUAACUAAAUGCAGGAUUUCUGAAGUUUUUACAGCUAUGACAGAUAAUGUUAGCUAUUUAUACUUUUUAAUAGUUAAUAAAGGGCAAAAGUUUGGGAUUAUUA